AUGGUUCGUAGUCGGCUAGACAGGCUUAGUGGCCUGGCGGUGGUGGCGACGGUGCUCAGCGGCGCCAAAGCCUUUUCAGGCAUCAGGCCAGCCCGAGUCACGCUCGUCGGUCCGAGAUCGGAGAUCCUGACCGAGGACUCGAUCACUACUGGUCACACGGCUCGACAGGCUGAAGGGAAGGCCUUGGGCGGGCAGCAGGCAGAGGGCUUCUUUACGGCGAUUGUCGCAGCGCUCUCCACCUUCGCCAUGUCCAGUCUGCAACAUGUGCUGAAGCGGCAGCUCUGGGUGCCGCCCUUCGGCGCGGUGGCGCUGAUCUUCGCGGCCGACGCGGUGGCCGCCGCCAAGGAAGGGAAGAUCAUGUGCUUCAAGACGAUGCGGAACACGACUCUCAAGGCUUGCGUGGGCGUCGCUGGGGCCUGCUUGCUCACGGUGCUGUUGGCCCGCCUGCUUGGUGACAGCCCGUCAGUUCUGCGGGCCUCGGCCAUGUUCGUGGCCGCCCUCUCUAUGUCUGCCAACCCCAGCAGUGGCUACUUCCCGCCGGCGGGGGCCCUUUGUGCGCUUUACGUGGAGAAGGCUGUGGUGAAAGGGGCCCUCCCGGGCUUCGAGUACGCGCUUUUCCCCUGCGCCACUGGAGUGGCGCUUUUGCUGGUCUUCAGCCGCGUCUUCACCUUUAUGAUGGCUCAACCUCUUUGGGUGCUUCGACCCAGGAAAGGUAAGGAUGAGAAGGAGUUGUUGACUCCAUGA